AUGUAUAAGAACCAGCUUCAAGAGCUGGCUCAGAGGAGCUGCUUUAACUUGCCGUCGUAUACGUGUAUCAGAGAAGGUCCAGAUCACGCGCCGCGUUUCAAGGCCACUGUUAACUUCAACGGCGAUACAUAUGAGUGCCGGAACUACUGCACGACGCUGAGACAGGCGGAGCAUUCCGCCGCUGAGGUGGCUCUCAAUUCGCUUGCUACCCAUGGCCCCUCUAAUUCUUUAGCUGCUAAAAUACUGGACGAAACAGGGGUGUACAAGAACCUUUUGCAAGAGGUGUCUCAAAGGGUAGGAUCGUCAUUACCAACAUACACAACCACUAGAUCGGGACUUGGGCAUUUCCCUGUGUUCACCUGCACUGUAGAUUUGGCCGGUUGCAUAUUUACAGGUGAAGCAGCUAAGAACAAGAAGCAAGCUGAAAAAAACGCAGCCAUGUCUGCUUGGUUAUCUCUAAAACUCUUGGCCCAACAAUCAGAAACUUUUUCAUUACAAAAAGGUAACAUUGAGAUUGAGGAGCAAGAACAUGUCACGGUAGCUCGUGCUUUACAGAAGUUUAGGUUAAAGGCGAAAAUGACUAAUAUACCCUUUCCAAUUAAGUUUCCAACACCAAAACCAAAACUAGCUACUACACAAUCACCUCAAUCAUCUACAACAACUUCAAAAAUCCUUCCUUUAAUAUGCCCUAAAACUACCACAACUGGGCCCCACAAGUUCCCUACAGCUGAAUCACCACCAUAUGUUCCUGUGGGCCACUUUAUGGCUCAUUGUAGGAUCGCACCACCUGUCACUAUACGUAACACAAUUCCUGUUUUCUCUGCUCUGCCGCCACAAAUGAGUGUAGCUCCGCCACCACCGCCGCCUAAUCAGCUUUUUCCGGUGACUAUCCGGCGAACUAAAGAAAAGGUGAAUCUUGAAGAUGUUGUGAAGCCAUUAAAGGAAGAGGAGAGAAGUUGAAUGAUGAUGUGCAAAUUUGAAACAAGUUUGUAUGUUUUUUGUGACAGAGUAAUUAGGUGUGUAGGUAGCAUUUGCAACUGAAAUUAGAGAUGUUUUUUUUUUAACUUUUAUUUUGAUUAAUUAAUUAACUUUAUCGAAAAACAAAUCUUUAAAUCAAAAGCCAAAACCAUAUUA